AUGCACAAAGAUACUGGAGGUAUUACAAGCAACCUGCUUGGAGGUUUAUCCAGCUGUCUUAGGAGAUGCAUAUUCGGCAUAUUAUCUAUGGGUUCUGUGCCACAUCAUAUUGCUUUUAUCAUGGAUGGGAAUCGAAGGUUUACAAAGAAGAGUAACUUGGCUGAAGGGAUUGGUCAUAAGGCUGGAUUUUCAUCUCUCAUUUUCAUGCUUAGGUAUUGUUAUGAAUUAGGAGUGAAGUAUGUAACUGUCUAUGCAUUCAGCAUCGAUAACUUCAAAAGAAAGCCCAAAGAGGUGCAAUCCUUGAUGGAAUUGAUGCGAGAAAAGAUUGAGGAGUUGCUUCAGAUGAAAGCACUAUCAAUGAAUACGGUGUUAAACUACAUUUUAUUGAAAACUUGCAGUUAUUGGCUGAACCUGUGA